AUCUAUGUAUAAAAAGCAAAUCGUUAAAACAAUUCUUCAGUGUACUCCGAUUCAUUAAAGGGAGAACAUGGCUAAACUCAUUAUUCUAGUUAUAGCUUUGGCUUUAGCGCCAAGCAUUCCUGCCUUCAGAAUUGCUGCAUCGCAAGAUGAAGGAGAGGAACCUGUUUUCUCAGUUUUACCGGGUGUUUUGGAAGACGAAACUCCAUCCAUCGGAAAUCAACCAUCCUUCCCAGAAAUACCAGAAGUAGAAGACGAAGAUGCUGAUAUUGGAAACCAACCUUCCUUCCCAGAGGUACCAGAAGUAGAAGACGAAGAUAGCGACAUUGGCAAUCAGCCUUCCUUCCCAGAAGUGCCUGAAGUAGAAGAUGAAGACGGAGACAUUGGAAACCAACCAUCUUUCCCAGAAGUACCAGAAGUAGAAGAUGAAGACGGAGAUAUUGGAAACCAACCAUCCUUCCCAGAAGUCCCAGAAGUAGAAGAUGAAGAUAGUGACAUUGGCAACCAACCAUCCUUCCCAGAAGUCCCAGAAGUAGAAGAUGAAGAUAGUGACAUUGGCAACCAACCAUCCUUCCCAGAAGUACCAGAAGUAGAAGAUGAAGAUAGUGAUAUUGGCAAUCAACCUUCCUUCCCAGAAGUACCAGAAGUAGAAGAUGAAGAUGGUGACAUUGGCAACCAACCAUCAUUCCCAGAAGUACCAGAAGUUGAAGAUGAAGACGGCGACAUCGGUAAUCAACCAUCCUUCCCCGAAGUACCAGAAGUAGAAGACGAAGACGGUGACAUCGGUAAUCAACCAUCUUUCCCCGAAGUACCAGAAGUAGAAGAUGAAGAUGGCGACAUCGGCAAUCAACCAUCCUUCCCAGAAGUACCAGAAGUAGAAGAUGAAGAAGAUGGCAGCAUUGGCAAUCAACCAUCCUUCCCAGUAGUACCAGAACUUCCAGAAGUACCAGAAGUAGAAGAUGAAGAUGGCGGCAUUGGCAAUCAACCAUCCUUCCCAGUAGUACCAGAACUUCCAGAAGUACCAGAAGUAGAAGAUGAAGAAGUUCAAGAAAAUCCAUGCAACGCCUGCUUCGAAUACAUGAACAGUUUGAUCGAACAACUUAACAAUCAGAUUAUCUUUUAAAGAUUAUCUCUCUUUGUCAUAUGAUGUACGAGGAACAUAUAUAUUUUUCCAAUAAAUUUAAUUGAAUAAUUCAAAAACUUUCUUAGAUACAUAAUAAUGAAACAUUCAUGUUCUCUGUAGUAACUUCCCAUAUACAAUAUAUUGAUAAAUGGA